GAUUUCAGAUCGCUGUGAAUAUGAGCGGAAAUUAUUCGAAAUCUUGUAAAGUGAUACACGUAUUCGUAAUUUUUGCAAUUCUCGUGGCUAUAGCUGUCACAUUCCUAGUGACUUACUUUCCCACAAAAAAUGCUUGGAAAUGUGAGGACAAGCAAGAGGAGGAAGAAGAACCAGCUGUAGAAGAUAUAGUGAGCGUCGAGUGGCUUGCGGAAAAUAAAAACACCGUCGUUCUACUCGAUGCAACGUACCAACCACCGACCCCUAACAACACAGAAUUUCAGGUCAGUAACGGCGAAGCAUACGAAAAAGAGCACAUUCCUGGAGCUGUAUUUUUUGAUUUCGCUGAGGCCUACCAUUCCAGCAAGUACAUAGUUUUCGAUCUUCAUCCUCCUGAAGAGUUUGAGAAGUAUAUACAACAGCUGGGUGUCAAUGCUGGAGACCAUGUAGUCAUCUAUGCUAGAGGAGCGUUUGCGGGAAUGCUGUGGGCAUCACGGGUGUGGUGGACAUUCAAGCUUUAUGGUCAUGAAAAAGUCUCGGUUCUCAAUGGUGGAUUGAAUGCUUGGAAAAAAGCUGGCGAAUCGGUGUCAAAUAUUGUACCGAAUGUUGAGCCAGGAAACUGGAAGGCAAAGCCCAUUGACAAAUCCAUUCACAUUACAUUCGAAGAACUGAGUGAAGGAAGACCCGGGAUACCAUCCUUGUUUGAUGAUUUGAGCAAGAUUAAUAUGAUGGAUGGCCGACCUGCAGGAGAGUUUACCGGUGAAGAUCCAUUGCAAAUACCUACCAAAGGAGUGCCCGGUUACCGUUUGCCAAAAUCUAAAAACUUGCCACUAGAUAAGGUUAUUGGAGCUGAAGGACUAAAAUCAAAGGCAGAAAUUGAGAAAGCUCUGGAGAACGUAGGGUUCAAUCGCGAUCUUCCUACAGUGACGGUAUGUAACAAGGGCGUACAAGCAUCAGUACUCGCUUUAGUACUGAGACAGCUCGGAGUCAAAGCUAGAGUUUUCAAUGGAAGCUUGACUGAGGUUGCUUUACGUGCUCCAGAACUGAUCAGCGAGAAGUGAUUUAUCUGCGUUCUUGUGCAAAUGUUCCAGUGAGGCUAAUUCUUCUACAAUUUUCUCCUUGACAACCAUAUCUUAUGAAGAUAGCAAUCAUUGAAUGACCGAUUCGUAAAACUUGGAGUUUCGUAUUUUGAGAACAGAACUAGAGUAUUGAAUAACGGUUUCUAUUUUUGCUACGGUAGAUAUCGUUUGUUAGAAAUGUGUGUGUUCUAUUACCGGUUCGCUAUUUUUAUUUUACGAGGGAAUGGUAGAGUCGAAGCGGCCAAUCCAAAUAAAACAAACGCUAGCUCUAAAUCUGUCUUCCUAAUUUGCAAAGCACUUGUGUGCGCGAAGCUAGUAGCCAUUGAAGGACAUUGUUUUGCUAAGAGUUGGGUGCGAAGUGCAAUUUUGGCCGUAUAG